AUGUCCAAUCGAGAUGAGGUGGAAGAAGCAGAGGAGGCCACCUCAGCCACAGCCUUCCAGUCUCUCAAUCAAGACAGUGGACGCAGACCCAGCACUGGCAAGGCAGCACAGAGAUCCUCAUCGGGGCCCAAGAUCAACCCUCAAGUGCAGGAGAUUCCCAUGGAGGAUCUGUCUGUGAAGAGCAAGCACAGGAGUGGCUCCCUUGACAGCCGGGCCAAAUCAUUGCGUUUAGACCAUAACAAGCAUGACAGACAUAGAAGUCAUAGCCACAGUCCUCGCAGGGUCAAAGAAGCUUCUGUAUCUAUAAAGAAGGAGAGUCGGAGACUUUCUGGCCCUCAGACAUUCAAAGCAAAAGUGAAACAGACAAGUUUAACAAUUGUUACUGAUAGGCCUCACAGCAAGAGCAACCCAAUUCCUGUAUCCUCCUCUUCCUCCAGACCAAAGAGUGGAUCAUCAUCAGAUGACAGCCCUGAGGCAUAUGAACGCUCACGUAGUCACUCAGGACAGUCCCCCAAGUCUUUGAGGCCAGCAGAGGCACCAACUCUCUCUCUUCUUCCUCAGCAGGGAAUUGCAGACAUGGUAAGCGUUGCAGCUGUGGAUUCACCAAUACUGGUUCCACCUGCAGACCAACAAACUAUCCACCAUGUUGUGGAGAUGAGUUCCAGCAGCGACAAAGACACUGUUCAGGCAGACUCCAAUGAUGAAGCUCUGCCACAAGACACUCGGUCGUGUGACUCCAAAAUAUCAUCAGACUCUAAUGAGGACAGUAGUGUUAGUGUGAGUGACUCGGGUAUCCAGAGUGAAGCCUCAACAACCAUGGCACAGUCAAGGCCGAGGACUGCCUCGACAUCAGAGCAACUAGCUAAACUUGCUCAGAUGGUGUCAGAACACUACAGCUAUUCGGGAGAACAGAUUGUAGAACCUGAAGAUGAGUCUGGCUGA